AUGUCUCUCCCAGAAGCUUACCAACUUGAGAUUCAAGCUCUCAACAAGCAGGUUCUGCAAACCUGUCCUUCCGAUAUCUUGCAGUUCUGCGCCGACUUCUUCAACUCGCGACUAGCUACCGAACGAGCAGCGAGCAUUUCCCUCUUCCGCGACCGAGGCACCCCGUCGCCGAGAUUCCCUCCAUCGCCCACUAGCCAUCACUUUGGAAUGAUGUCUAGUCAAUUCUCGAGCCCUUUUGGGGCCAACGCCAACCCCUUUGGCGGCAGCUCAUCAAACGCCAACCCUUUUGGCGGCAGCGCAUCACCGAUGUCGUCCAGCGUGAUGCAUCGCGUUGUUGAGGAGGACGAAAACGAUCACCUGGCUCCUGGUGCGUCCAUGUUUUCAGGAGCUUUUGGGGGCGACGCAUCUACCGAGGCUCCACCUACCUUGAGAGCCCCCCCUACCGCCGAUAGCUACCCGGCCCAAUAUAACUUUUCACGUCGGACAUCCGUUUCAGCGGAGUCCCUGAAGCCAAGCGCCGAUAGCUACGAUAACUGGACCCCUCCGUUCACCGAGAAGACUCCCGAACAGGUUGAGAGACUCAAAUGUGCCAUCGAAGGAAACUUCCUCUUUAGCCACUUGGACGAUGAGCAGAGUGCACAGAUUCUGGGAGCUCUUGUAGAGAAGCCUAUCCCUGCCAGAGGCAUCAAGGUAAUCAGCCAAGGAGAUGCUGGCGACUACUUCUACGUUGUUGAGCGGGGCUCAUUUGAUGUGUAUGUCAACGACUGUGGUUUUAUUGAGCCCGGCCCUGAUGGACUGGGCAACAAAGUCGGCACCAUCCAAGCUGGCGGCUCAUUCGGCGAACUUGCUCUCAUGUACAACGCACCCCGCGCGGCUACCAUCAUCUCAGCUGAAGGAAGCUGCACGCUGUGGGCCUUGGACCGAGUGACAUUCCGCCGUAUCCUCAUGGAGUCGACAUUCGCUCGCAGACGGAUGUACGAAAACUUCUUGGAAGAAGUGCCCAUCCUUUCGUCGCUCACUCCCUAUGAGCGAUCCAAAAUCUCAGAUGCCCUCGAGACGCAAAAGUUUGCACCAGGAGACGUCAUCAUUCACGAAGGCGACCCUGGCCACUCCUUCUACCUACUUGAGAGCGGAGAAGCAGCCGCAUACAAGGGAGAGGAAAAGGUACUGAGUUACAAGAAGGGCGAUUUCUUCGGUGAGCUGGCGCUGCUCAACGAUGCUCCUCGAGCCGCUAGUGUCAUCGCUACGUCGGACGUCAAGGUAGCAACGCUAGGAAAGAACGCAUUCCAACGACUCCUGGGCCCUGUCGAAGGCCUCCUGCGAAGGACAAGGUAUCAGGGCGUCAAGACUGGCGUUGAAGAGAUGGAUCCCCUACACACCGAGUAA